AUGUCAAUUUUUAUAUUAGUAGUCUUGUGCUCAUCGUUGGGUUGUAUCACAUAUUUUGCCAUUCGAACUUUUAUCAAUUUAAAACAAGUUAUGAGCAUUUGCUCUUCAAGUUCAUAUAAAUUGAAUAAUCUACAAGCACAAGCAUUUUAUGCACUGGUUUCACAAACACUUAUUCCAGUUAUUUUAAUGCAUUUUCCUUGUAUGGUAGUUACUUAUGAUUGCUGCUCUUUUGGAUAUUGA